CAAAUAUUGUAACGCCUUUUGUUAUUACAUUAUGCACUUGUGUCGAAAGUAUUAAAAAUUCAAUUUACUUUGCUUUAAACUAUUGCAUUUUAUACAUAUCCCGUUCAAAAAUGAAUGCAAAUGAAUAUAGUGCGGUUAGAAUUAAGUAAUGGAAAUUUGAUAUUUCGGCUUUAAUCAUCGAUUUAUAAGCGGAUUUCGUAUAAUGUAUAUACGUUUAAUAAAGAUUUACGUUGCAGUUGUGUUAAGUUUAAUGUUCACGAUUUCGUUAGUGAAGAUAGUUUUAUUGAUUUGGAAAAUAUAUCCACAGUGGAAUCGUGCCGAUCAGAAUAACGCACUGCAAACAGUAGACCAGUGGUUGGAAGAGAAUAAUUUAACUGCAUACAAAAAGCUUUUCGUAGAUAUUGGCAUAUCUUCAUUAUCAAGUUGUGGCGAUCCUGAACGUCUCCCUGAACUGCCGCCCGGAGAUGAACAGCGAUUACAGCGCGCGGCUUUGCAUUUGCAACAAAAACUAAUAUUACGUGAAUGGUUACGUGAUCAUAGUCUGCAGCAUUAUUAUCAACGUUUAGUAUCAGUAGAGGUUUCUUCAUUGGAAGACGUCUAUUGGUUGGAAGAUUCACGAGCAAGUAAGAUACUUGGAAAAGACUGGCAAAUUUGGUCUCAAGCUCGUCAAACAUUACCAACUUCUAAGUCUCAAUUAGAAGUGCUUAAAGCACAACUUUGGUCAACUGUUGUUAAGUCGAGUCAACAUCAAGACGCUUGGACAUGGGGUGGCAUGCUAGUUGUGUCUGUUUCAGUAGCUGGACUAGUUACUCUUGCUGCUAUGACACAACCUUCGUUGGCGCCUGAAGCAAGGCACUCACUUUUGCAAUAUGUUACAGGUAAAUAUUUGUUACCAGCAAAUUGUAAAGUUCAAUGGGACUGGAAUGAUCCAACCAUUGUUGGAGACACCAUGUGUUUUCUAGUAAGAUUUUUUCAACGCAAUGGACAGCCUUAUCCUAUCUGUGAUACAGACCAAUUUUUUGUUGAAGUAACCGAAGGAACACGAAAGGUAGUUACCAUUAGUGAACUGGGUUCAUCAACUAAUCCUAAUAAUGCAAAUAUCGCUAAAGUUAAAUUCACUGUACGCACUGCAGGUCAAUAUAAAAUAUCUGUAUUGAUUGGUUCUAGUCAUAUUGCUGGCUCUCCAUUUUUAAAAACAUUUUUGCCAGGCCCUGUAGAUGCUCGUCGAUCGCGUUUUGUACGUCCAGCUAGCACUGUCGUUUGUUGUGCUGGUACACCUACUUUAUUGCAUAUUGAACCUAGAGAUGAGUUUGGUAAUGCGUGCAUAUUUGAAAACGAUGAUAAUCUUAUAAAGGGUUAUCGUGUAGAAAUUUUCGAUCUUAUUAAUCAACCAAUCGAGAAGUUAGAGCGCGCAAUAACAUUCUUCUAUGAUAAAGUUAACUCCAGAGUAUCCGUAACAGCUUUGUUUCAAAAGCCAAUUUGUUUAAGAGCCGUCAUUAGUUAUCUUGAACAAAAGUUACCAAAUGGUGAAUUCGAUAUUAUAGUCCUAAGUAGUAGUGAUACAACACUGGUUCACAAAAAUAUUGCAUCAAGGAAGCACAACAUUUGUUAUGAAGCUAAGUUAUUAGGAAAUUGUAAUGUUCCUACAAAAACAAAACCACGUAAGGUGAUUUGCUUCGUUGGUCCAAAGCAAAUAACGAUCAAGGAAAUGAUUUUGAAAUUCAUACCGAAACGUAUUGCUACAUUUCGUUUGUGUCCGUCAACGAAAUUUCACUUUUUACCACAACUCGAAUCACAUACAUAUGGGCCAGUAUUCAUUAUAGAUGAUGGGGCGCAACCAAAAAUUGAAUUAGCAUCGAAGGAUCGAAAUAUCAUAGCUGCAACAUUCACACAUUUUUUGUUAAAAAAUAUUGGCGGUUCUGAGACUUUUAAGGAUAAACAGGACUUUUUUUACCAUGAAGUACGAAAGUUUCAUUCAUCCUGUUUUCACGAUAAGUUAGUUUUAAAAGUACAUCGUGACAAAAUACUGGAGAGUAGUAUGAAAGCUACUAAGGGAUUUUCAGUGUCAGAUUGGUGCGGGAAUUUCGAAGUAACAUUCUUCGGCGAGCAAGGUAUUGAUUGGGGAGGUCUGCGACGUGAAUGGUUCGAAUUGAUAUGUAGUGCUUUAUUUGAUCCACGAGGAGGUCUUUUUUGUUCAUUCCAUGACAAGCAUCAAGCUCUAGUACAUCCUAACUCAAGUCGUUCACCACACCUUAAAUUAAAGCAUUUUGAGUUUGCAGGCAAAAUUGUGGGAAAAUGUUUAUAUGAAAGUGCACUAGGUGGUUCAUAUCGACAGUUAGUUCGUGCGAGAUUUACUAGAUCGUUUUUAGCACAAUUAAUUGGACUUCGAGUACAUUAUAAGUAUUUCGAGCAAGAUGAUCCGGAUUUAUAUUUAUCUAAAAUAAAAUAUAUACUUGACACUGACCUAAAUACAACAGAUGCCUUAGAACUAUAUUUCGUUGAAGAAAUUUAUGACUCAAAUGGCCAACUAAGCAAAACUAUAGAUUUAAUACCUAAUGGCUCUAAAGUAAGGGUCACGAAUGCAACUAAAAUUCAAUAUUUGGAUGCUUUAGCACAACAACGUUUAUGCAAUAGUGUAAAAGAUGAAGUGGAUAGUUUUUUGAAGGGUUUAAAUGGCAUUAUACCAGAUAAUCUACUGAGUAUAUUCGAUGAAAACGAAUUGGAGGUGGGUGUACAAUUAUAUAUAAUUGUUUCUUUUCUUAACAUCUUUUGUUUACAGCUGUUGAUGUGUGGUACGGGAGAAUAUUCGAUAACAGAUUUCAAGGCUCAUCAUAUUGCUAAUGGCAGUUCAGCGGAAUUUCGUCGAGUACUGGCUUGGUUCUGGGCGGGUGUUAGCAAUUUUAGUCAAACAGAAAUGGCCCGCUUACUGCAGUUUACAACAGGAUGUUCACAAUUACCACCUGGAGGUUUUCAAGAGCUAAACCCACAAUUUCAAAUAACAGCGGCACCAACUUUUGGAAGUUUACCAACGGCACAUACGUGUUUCAAUCAACUUUGUUUACCAGACUACGAAAGCUAUGAGCAAUUUGAGAAAUCGUUACUUUUGGCCAUAAGCGAAGGUAGUGAAGGGUUUGGUAUGGUUUAGUAUCUGAAGAAAUAUGAUUUGUAUUUCCCUACAAGUGAUAUGUAUUAAAAAAUAUUAUAAAUAAAAUAAUAUUUACUAUGUACGCUUAAAUUAGGCUUACUUAUUUUUUUAUAAAAAUAUGAUUUAAAUAAAUGUAGUAUUUUCCUAUCUGAUUACGAUCAGAAAGAAAAUAUGUAGAUAUCAAAAACAAAAUGUUUAAUUUACAAUCCUAAAAAAAUAUUCUCAAUCUCAAUUAUUAAUAUAGAACAUUCUGACCAAAAAGUAUCGAAAUUUUGUAUAAUAUAAUAGAUGUAAACUUUAAGAAAUCUGAAUAAAAAUUUUUAUCUAACUCGGUAAUACUCGGUAGCACCAUGUAGUGUGUGAGGGAAUAGUGAACUAUUACUGUCUAUGAAUGCUCUACCAUACAUACAACACAUUAUCACGGUUGAUCGCGAUCUGUUAAGGAUGUAUGAAUAUAAUGUCAAAAAAAAGUUUGCAAAAAAAAAACAAUUUACAUAAAAAUUUAAUUCAAAUUUAUUGAAGUCAAAUAUGUAUAAUAAAAAAACUAUUUUAUUAUUUCGAAUCGCUUAAACUGAUCGUAGGAUAAUUUUAACCCAACUGAUCUGUAAUAACAAGUCGAAAGCUUGUUAUAGAAACUAAACAUAAGAAAGAAUUAAAUAAAAAUAUGCAUAUAAAUAAUAAGAAUAGUACGGUAAUA